GAGUUUAGAGGGGUUUACUAUCGUUGUAGUUUCUCCUCCGCCACAAAUACCACCAUUACUCGAUUUUGUGCCACCAGGGGGAACCGCACGACGAAUCUGUUAAACACCUGAAGCUGAUUAAGGUGCCUUGUUGAGGUUUGCUUUUUAAAAAUCUGUUAUUAACAUACUAAUUGAUGGCAAUAGACGAAACGUUUUGCUUGGACCAUUAGGAGAGGGUUGUUAAAUCUCCGGCCGGAAUGGCUACCCAGACAAUAGCUGAAACUGCACAGAAAAUUGUCACUCCAGAAACCCUCCGCUAUGCAGCAAAACAAUCUCAACGUUGCCUCACUGUCCCUAUCCAUCUCCGCCGUGCCAUCAAGAAAUACCUUCGAGAGCAGGAGGAGCCAUAUAUGAAGAGGAAGGUGUUGAGACUGUCCCAGUCAUUCAAUGAAAUCAAGAACGUCAAUUUGCAGCUGACAACCACCACAUCGAGGGAGAUAGUAGAAGACCCUUUAAAGUCUUCUGAACAAUCAAAACGUUGGAAGAUUAAGAGCUCCUAUGGUGACAUUGGUCUCACGUACAGGGAUGAUGAGACAAUUGCUUAUGUGGCUUCUCGAAUGCCUGCCGUAUACUCUGCUUGUUUCAGAGUACUUAAAGAGGUUCGUAGAAGGCUUCCUGGUUUCUCCCCAGCCAAGGUCUUAGAUUUUGGUGCUGGGACUGGUUCAGCUUUCUGGGCACUGCGAGAAGUUUGGCCAAAAUCUUUGGAGAAAGUUAAUUUAAUAGAACCAUCACAGUCAAUGCAGCGAGCAGGUCAGGGCCUCAUACAAGGUCUUAAGAAUUUGCCACUUAUUCAUAGCUAUGACAGCAUUCAAGCUCUGUCUAAAAAUAUUGGUAAAUCAGAGAGAGGGCACGACCUUGUAAUUGCUUCUUAUGUGCUGGGAGAGAUCCCGUCGCUAAAGGAUCGAAUUACCAUAGUUCGCCAGCUUUGGGAUCUAACUCAAGAUGUUCUGGUUUUGGUUGAACCUGGAACGCCUCAUGGAUCCAGUAUUAUAGCUCAGAUGAGAUCUCACAUAUUAUGGAUGGAAGAGAGAAAACACCGUAAAUCUUCUAAUAAGAACAAUGAAGUUUGUAAAGAUUUGAUUACUGAGAAGGCUGGUGCUUUUGUGGUUGCUCCAUGUCCUCAUGACGGUACUUGUCCACUGGUAAAAUCUGGAAAAUAUUGUCAUUUUGUUCAGCGCUUGGAAAGGACAUCAUCACAGCGUGCUUACAAGCGUUCGAAGGGUGAGCCCUUACGUGGCUUUGAAGAUGAGAAAUUCUCCUAUGUUGCUUUUAGACGAGGACGAAGACCAAGCGAACCUUGGCCCCUUGACGGCAUUACAUUUGACAGUCUGAAGGAGCAGCAUGCCAAAAGAAAUCCAGAGGAUCUUGAAAUUGACUACGAGGACUGGUUGAAGUUGCAACAAGCUGAUGAUGAUGACGAUGCUUCUCGUGAAGUAGUAAAAGCAGUAAAGUAUGACUCUGAUACUAUAGAAACCGACAGUGAUGAAAAUGGCGAAGAUGAUAAUGAAGAGGCUGAGGAAAUGGAAGAAGAAACAGAUAGUGCUGAUCUUGGAGGUGGAUGGGGAAGAAUUGUGUUCAUGCCUGUUAGAAGGGGUAGACAAGUAACAAUGAAUGUAUGUAGAUCAACCAAAAGGGAUGCCUCAGAGGGUUCAUAUGACCGUAUUGUUGUAACGAAGAGCAAGAAUCCUACCUUGCAUCAUCAAGCCAAAAAAUCUAUUUGGGGUGACCUGUGGCCGUUUUGAAGCAAAAAAAUCAUUUGUGGUGUUAGUUUUAUGGCAUUUACUGUGCCUCUCAUAUGUAAUAGUAUUUAAUUUAAUUUAAGGGAAUUUUCAUUAUGUAUGAAGUUUUUCUUGAAGCAUCCUUUUGGGAAUGAACCAUUAAUGUGAUAGAGCUAGAGUGAUUUGUGUAAAAGUGGGGGAAAAAAGAGAAAUAUGAAGUUUAUUUCACUAAGGGAAAACUCUCACAACUGUUAAGACAUUUCUUUAUUUCCAUGAGAAGCAAUACAAAUACGUUUCCAAAA